AGAGAGAUCUUCUAUGGCGGAUUCUAACGCAGAGAGGCCGCUUCGAAAAAUCUCAACCGCUUUCAAAGAACUAGCAGCCACCGUGAGCUCGCCGAGUCCUGAAGUCCCCGUGGCUCAGUUCUCUCAAGCUUGCUCUCUGGUCUCGCCUCUCUUUGGUUGCCUCGGGAUCGCCUUCAAGUUCGCCGAGAUGGACUAUGUCGCCAAGGUUGAAGAUCUUGCGAAGGCGUCGAGCUCAGUAUCGACAUUAGUUGUAAUGAUGGACAAAGAUAUCGAAGCAAACUGUGUAAGGAAAGCUGGUAGUCAUACUAGAAACCUCCUGAGGGUGAAGCGUGGUCUUGACAUGGUCAGGGCUCUCUUUGUAGAGAUUAUAGCUUCCGAAGGUGAUAAUUCUUUAAAGGAUCCAGCAUCCAAGUCUUAUGCUCAAGUGUUUGCUCCACACCAUGGAUGGGCUAUAAGGAAAGCUGUUGCUCUUGGGAUGUACGCUCUUCCCACUAGGUCUCAGCUACUUACCAUGCUCAAUGAGGAAGAAGCGGAGGCUAAGAUACAAAUGCAAAGCUAUGUCAAUGCAUCAGCUCCAGUAAUCGCGUAUCUUGAUAAUCUCUUCCUCUCCAAGCAACUUGGUAUCGAUUGGUGAACAACCCUGAAGAGUUAUUAUUAUUAUCGUUCUUUAACAGUGUCGCAUAAAAUAACCAAUAUGGUUCUAUCAACUCAUGUAAUGACUUCACAAGGACCAAACCAGAGCUAUUUGAAAAUUGAAACCAUUAUGAAUAAAUCUGUGCUAUCUCUAGUUUUA